GGCAAACAAACCAAGGGAAGCCGUCGCCCACGAUAUAUGACAAGUCAAAUGGGUGAUCUUUCCGCACUGAUUGUGAAACCAAUUCCCAGAAAGUCUUGCCCAGUAAAGUAAGUCAAUAUAAGUCACCUAUCCUCCGCUUAUAUAUGGAGAGAGGGACACAGAAUGCCAUCACUAUAACAAUCUCUAAAGAGGAUGAGAGGCUCCAUCGUUGUUCAAACCACCCUUCUCUGUUUGUUCUUCUCCGUUUCCAGUUUCCUCAUUGCUUUUGCUUCCCCGACCACUGGUCUGUGCCUCCCCGACCAAAGGGAUGCUCUCUUGGAGUUCAAACACCUUUUCCGCAUACAGAAGCAGCCUCGAUUUUUAUUGGCCCCGUACAAUCUUGAGAGGGAUGUGACAUGCUAUCCAAAAACAAAUUCAUGGGGGAACCACAGCAGCGACACGGACUGUUGUUCCUGGGAAGGUGUCACGUGCCAUCCCAAGUCCGGCGAGGUGAUAGGGCUCGACCUUAGCCUCAGCUGUCUCCAUGGCCGCUUCCAUUCCAACGGCAGUCUUUUAGUUGGGCUGCCACGUCUUCGGACUCUGAAUCUGGCUUUCAACCAUUUCAGCUCUUCUCCAAUCCCGUCUGAGUUGGGCAAACUGGUGGGGUUAACACAUCUCAACCUCUCUUUUUCAUACUUGUCCGGCCGAAUUCCCACCGAACUUCUGCAGCUUCCCAAGUUGGUAUCCCUCGAUCUUUCUUAUAAUUCACUUUCCCCUGAGAAAUCCUUUCUUAGUAAACUUGCCCAGAAUUUGACUCACCUUGGAGAUCUCCAUCUCAGUUACCUAAACAUUUCUGCUGCCAUUCCCCAGAACCUCUUGAACCUUUCCUCCCUCACUUCUCUCUCUCUUGACCAUUGCGGUCUGAUUGGUGAAUUUCCUGGCGAUAUUCUGCGAAUGCCUUCCGUUCGAUCCGUUGUUUUGUCUGAUAAUGAGGAUCUGCGAGGCCACCUCCCUGAUUUUUACGGUAACGACUCUCUCGUAACGUUGGAUCUCUCUCAUACUUCCUUUUCGGGUGGGUUAUCAAAAUCUAUAGGCAACCUCAGGCAUCUGAGAGCUUUGUCACUUGGCAGUUGCAAAUUCUCGGGGAGGAUCCCGUCUUCCAUCGGAAACCUCUCGUAUCUCACCACCCUCGACCUUCGAGAGAAUGAAUUUACCGGUGAGAUUCCGACCUCCAUUUCCAACCUAGUCCGAUUGACGACAUUGGCGGUUCAUAGAAACAAGCUCAGCGGCAGCUUUCCCCUUGGAAUUUUGAACCUAACAAAGCUGUCUCUUAUAGAUAUCGGUGGCAACGAGUUCACGGGCUCAUUCCCACCGAACAUGAGUGUUCUCUCCAAUUUGAAGCAGUUUUAUGCAUUUAGGAAUUCCUUUGUCGGAGAUUUCCCUUCUUCUCUACUGGAGAUCCCUUCGUUGGCUGAGAUUGAUCUGACCGGAAACCAACUCAACGAAUUUGGGAAUAUAUCAGCCACAUCUGAGUUGCAGGUUUUAGGCAUCGGGGACAACAAUUUCGGCGGACCCAUCCCCAUGGCGUCUAUUGCAAAAUUAGUCAACCUCCAACGUCUUGACCUCUCAGGGUGGAACACGCGAGGGACUGCCCUUGACGUCAGCCCUCUAUAUCAUCUCGAGUCCCUCGGUGAACUCGCCUUAUCAGAUCUGAACACCACCACCGCACUUGACUUGAGCCUGUUCGCUCCUCUUCAGUCGCUGUUCGGAUUGGUUCUUUCUGGCAACCAUGUUUCAACCGCUAACACGACUCUGGGCUCUGAUUUCCCGCCGCAACUGCUCUACCUGUACAUGUCGCGCUGCAACAUCACUGAGUUCCCCGUGUUCCUAAGAACCCAACGAGACUUGUUGGCUUUACAGCUUUCCAACAACAAGAUCAAAGGCCAAGUGCCCGACUGGUUAUGGAGGCUACCAGGCUUAACCUUCAUCAACAUCUCUCACAACUCUCUCAGCAGUUUCCAAGGAUCAUCAUCCCAGCAAUUUUUUCCCGAAGCAAAGUUUGACACAAUAGAUCUAAGUUCAAAUGAUUUCCAAGGGCCACUCUUCAUCCCUUCUCAAUACAUUGCCUACUUGUCGGGAUCCAACAACAAUUUCACAGGAGAGAUUCCCCAAUCUAUAUGUGCCUUGAGAUUUCUGAAAGUACUCGAUUUAUCUCACAACAACUUCGACGGCUCUGUUCCUCAUUGUUUUGGAAAUCUCAAGAGUUCCCCAGUGGUUGUGAACCUUCGUCAUAACCAACUAAGCGGAAGUCUUCCAGACAUAUUUGUGGAUGCCAACCAAUUGAGAACACUUGAUCUUAGUCAUAACCGAUUGGAGGGGAAGCUUCCUAAAUCUUUGAUCAACUGCAGUGCUCUUGAGGUUUUGAACCUGGGAAGCAACCGAAUCAAAGACACGUUCCCAUUUUGGUUGGCGUCAUUGCAAGAUCUACAAGUUCUUGCCCUCCGCUCCAACGAGUUUCAUGGUGAGGUGUAUCUUCCCGGCAUUUCGUUUGGGUUUCCGAAGCUGCGAGUUAUCGACAUUUCAAACAAUCACCUCAGCGGAACUCUACCGUCAGACUAUUUUGUUGGUUUGGCCGCAAUCUCUUCGAUGGGGUCAAGUGAUAUCCCUCUGGAGUCGAUGGUUUUUGAUCAUGUAUUAAGUUCCUAUUCCGACUCUAUAGUUUUGACGAAUAAAGGAACAGAGUUGGUGUACGAACGGAUCCUCACAACCUUCACGACCAUCGAUUUUUCAGGGAAUGCAUUCAGAGGAGACAUCCCCGAGUCCAUAGGUUUACUGAAAGGGCUUUACGUGCUCAACUUGUCAAGCAAUGCUUUCGCGGGGCAUAUCCCGACAUCGCUGGCAAACCUCACAAAUCUCGAGUCACUAGACUUGUCCCUCAACAAUCUUUCUGGCAGAAUACCUUCACAACUCGGGAACCUCACGUUUCUAGGGCGCAUGAACUUCUCCUACAACCAGCUCACAGGUCCGAUUCCAAAAGGCACGCAGUUUAGUACCCAAAGUAGUUCGUCUUUCGAGCACAAUCUCGGACUGUGUGGCCCUCCCCUCGACCAAGGUUGUGGAGAAGUCAAGACACCAACACGCGAUCCGUCCGUAGCAGAGGAUGAAGAUGAAGGGGAAGAAAAGAUGAGUUGGAUCGCCGUUGCACUCGGCUUGGCACCAGGCCUUCUAUUCGGAGUGACUCUCGGCCAUAUCGGGUUUUCGUAUAAGCGCGAAUGGUUGAUGAAGAUUUGCGGCCUAAGUCGUUAACCCAUUUCAUGCCACUGCCAAGCCUUCUUCCCCAGGGCAACGUCUUUCCACGACACCCCUUGUAUAUAUUCACUGUGUUCAUCCGUUUGAAACAUUCAUUAGCGAUGUGUAUUAAUUUAUUUACCGUUGUUGUUUUUGCAGAACAGGACAUCAUUUGCUGUAUGGUUACUGUUGUUCCAACUUUCUUUUUUUUUUCCGUCU